AGCAGUAUAAAAAAUACACGUAACCUAAAUUGAGUGUAUUUUAGUAUGAAAUUAAACUAGAAAAAAUUAAUAACAAUGGCAGAAUUAUUACUGGAUCCAAAUAUUCGAGGCUGGGUGUUUCUGCCAAUAGUCGUGAUAACAUUUUUAGUAGGAAUAGUUCGCCACUAUGUGUCUAUUUUACUUGCAUCUCAGAAAAAAGUCGAAAUUCACCAGGUUCAAGACAGUCAGGUGAUGAUCAGAUCAAGAUUAUUGCGUGAAAACGGGCAGUACAUUCCAAAGUCUGCAUUUUUAGUACGAAGGCAUUUUUUUAACAAUGAAGAAACUGGGUAUUUUAAAACCCAAAAGCGAGCCCCAGUGUCACAGAAUCCGAUGACUGAUCCCAGUAUGAUGACUGACAUGUUGAAGGGUAAUGUCACAAAUGUACUGCCCAUGGUACUCAUUGGUGGCUGGAUUAACUGGAUGUUUUCUGGAUUUGUUACCACAAAAGUUCCAUUCCCACUGACGCUGAGAUUUAAACCAAUGCUCCAAAGAGGAAUAGAAUUAUUAACCCUAGAUGCUGCGUGGGUUUCAUCGGCUUCUUGGUACUUCCUCAACGUCUUUGGACUCCGUUCGAUCUACACUCUAGUGCUCGGAGAAAACAACGCAGCUGAUACUUCUCGAGUUUUGCAAGAUCAAGUGUCUGGAGCAGCUAUGUCGAUGCCUCCAGAUCCUAAAGCAGCGUUUAAAUCCGAAUGGGAAGCGCUGGAGAUUUGCGAACACAACUGGGCUCUGAGUGGAGUUGACUUGGAGCUGACCGGUAGUCAAACAAAAGGAGACACUAGUGACAAUAUUUAUCAUCAAAGUAGAAAUCAUUGAUAGUCAAUUUAUUUCAUUAAUUUUAUUUAAUAAUAAUAAUAUAAAUUUAUUUGUGUGAUUAAUUAGUUAAUGUUUAUUGAAGGAUACAAAUCUGUUCGUCGAUGUUUAUUGCAUGGCAUAUUGUCACGUAUUUUAUUAAGUAACUUUAAAUCUAUUUCACCUAUUGCAAUUCCUGUUUUUUCUGAACAUUGUGCUAUUAUUGUUCCCCAAGGAUCUAAAAUCUGUUGAUUAAAUUUAUUAAUAAACAUAUAAUUAAUUUAUACUGUCAAA